GACGUUCCAACACUCGUUCGAAUCUCUUGGCGUUUUGUCCGUCCAUCAAGAACUAAUUCGUCUGUCGCAUCGAGACCAUACCGCAGUCACGAGGCCUACUGCCGUUGCCAUAUCCCACAACACUCCUCGGACACCGAUCUCGAAUAGUAUAGACUGCCAUAGCUACGCCCGCGCGCUCCUGAACCCUCGCCGAACCAAAAACAAAACAGGGCCUCCGAGCCUUCAACACUAAUUCACAAUGUCGCAAUAUGUCGGAAAGACAAAUCUCGCGUACUCGCGCGCAUGGCACCUCGUCGAUGUGGGCGCCGACUCUCGUCCCCUCGGCCGCAUCGCUUCGCAAAUCGCCAUCACCCUCAUGGGCAAGCACAAGCCUAUCUGGGACCCUUCAACAGACUGCGGUGACUACGUUGUCGCUGUCGGUCUUCACGACUUGCACACCACCGGAAAGAAGCGCUUCCAGAAGAAGUACUACAGCCACACCACUCGUCCUGGUAGCUUGAAGGAGAUUACCAUGGACCGUAUGAUGGAGAAGUGGGGUGGUUCAGAGGUCUUGAGGAGAGCUGUCAGGGGCAUGUUGCCCAAGAACAGACUGAGAGACGACCGUAUGGCUAGACUGAAGAUGUUCGAGGGAGUCGCUCACCCCUACAAGCAAAACAUCAUCAAGGACUACACCCGUCCUUCAAUAGCACAGCAGCCCGAAGUCAAGACUGCCUUCGCCAAGCAGAAGCACCAAUAGUUGCAUUGCAUCCUUGUCUAUCAUUUCAGCAAUCACUUUACUUUACGGCGUUCAAGGCAAAAUUCUCCAAUGGGUUAUCAAUUGGUCUGUCAAAUUUUUUCUUCUUGUAUCAGAAU